GUCUAAAACUCUGAGGACAGCACUGUUUGGCUGUGAAGCGUCAAGCAAUUAGAUUUCUCUACCUGUUUCAUAACUCUAAGCCGGUUACCUCCGCUUGGCUUACUAUGGUGAGGCACUACUGUAAUACCAUUUCUAUAAUGAAAUCUGUGUGUCCAGAUACCCAGCUAGUCGCCUGAGUGCCCCGGAUGUGUGUUACUGUAUUUACUAUGCAAAUAAACAGAGAAGUUAAUUUUGAUUUUAUCCUGAAAAAAAAAUGGAAAGAAGCUGAAACUAAAGGGAUAUUUCGUUAUAUACUAAACAUUAAAAAUUCAAAAUUAUUAAGUGGAAAGUAUGCGUUCUUAGCUCAGUUGAACGUCGAUCGUGGUCAUAAUAGAAGAUCUCCCGAACAUAUUUCUUCAAUGAUACAGUCUUUUGACAAAAAGCGUUUCAAUUUUACACAAAUUUCUCCAGAAGAGGUAAUCAUUCAUUUGGACGGAAAUGAAGAAGACAUAAUUGCAAUUAAUAUUAGUCCAUUAGAGUAUUGUCACUCUUUAUUGUUACCUGAGAGAUGUAAAUGCUUGCCUCAAGUUAUAACAAAGUAUAGUUUAUAUAAAGCCCUACACAUAUUUCGAUUAAGUCAUGAUUCAUAUAUUCGAGUGGCAUUCAACAGUCUCUGUGCUUAUGCAUCAGUAAACCAUCUCCAUUGGCAUUUAUAUUACUUAAAUCAUAGAAUGCUGUUAGAGCAUAUUGAUCUUGACGACUUCAUGGGUCCUGUACAAAUUUUAAAAAAUUAUCCUGCUAAUGGAUUUUGUAUAAAAUAUUUGAGUGUACGAAAUUUAGAUAAACUAGUAAAUUGGACAUUCUUAAUAAUAGAUUAUUUGCAAAAAUCAGAAAUACCACAUAAUGUUUAUAUUACACGAGCAAAAACAGACUCUGGGGAAGAAUAUCAAGACAUAAGAAUUUACAUUUGGCCUAGGAAACCCAGCAUUGGCCUAAAGGACGCUAGUAUCUUUAUUCCUGCAGUUUGCGAAUUGUUUGGUCACUUAACAAUAAAAUCUGAGGAAAUGUAUGAAAAUUUAUCGGAAGAAGGUGUAGCAAAUAUUUUAAGGGAUGUAACAGAAGAAAAAUUUCUACUGAUUUUUGACAAAGUAAAAAAUUUAAUACAAAGUCAAAUAAUCACAUAAGAACUAUUACCAUUUGUUGUAUAAAAUUUUCAUAACUGUUAUAAUAUGAUUUACAAUAUUCUUUUUUUUUUUUUUAAAGAUUUAUAUGCAAUUAUUAUGUAAUUAUGUAUUUAUGUAGAUACAAUUAUACGAAAUGUAUAGAAAAAUACAAUAAAAAAUUCAUGGUUUGUCUAUUCUAAA